AUGGCUUCAGUUAACAUUCGUUGUAUUCUGGAUAAUCCCUAUGCCGUCAUUGGUGUAGUGAAUACAAAAAGAGCUCGAAUAGAAAUCGAGACCAAGGCGAACGAACAAAAUGCUGCAACUACUAAACGAAAUCCAAUCAAUUUGGUUUUGGUACUUGAUCGCAGUGGUUCAAUGGCAUCAAACAAUAAAUUAGAAUUUGCAAAGAAAGCUGUUAUCUCUGUGCUUAAUUUGCUGCAUGAUGACGAUGUUGUACACCUAGUUGCCUAUGACGACAAUGUCUGGAACGUUUUUGAAAAUGCACGUGCAUCAGCUCGUCAAGUUCUUUAUUCAGUUGUGGAAGGGUUAAAGACUGGCGGUCAAACUUACUUAUCUGGUGCUAUGGAAACAGGUGCCAAUCUUUUUGAAAAAUAUACAUAUCCUGGAUAUUCCAAACGCAUGUUCGUAUUAUCAGAUGGAUUAGCUAAUGUUGGAUUAAGAACAAAAGAAGAAAUUAUGAAAGCUGUUAAGAAAUAUAAUGAAAAAGGAAUUAUAAUUGAUUCAUUUGGUAUUGGUGAAGAUUUUGAUUCAGAAAUUAUGAAAGGUAUUGCUGAAGCUGGAUGUGGUCAAUUCUUUUUUCUUGAAUCAGCUGAAGUCAUCGUUACAUUAAUGACGAAAGCAUUACAGAGUGUUUUCGAUGUUUGUGGAACACAAACUCAACUAAUUAUUCGUGGUCGUAAUAAUGCAAUUGUAACAAAAAUAUGGGGCCAUGAAAACAUUGCAUUAGGUGCAAUUCUUGGCGAUCUUCAUGUCGAUAAUCUUCGCGUUGUUCUUUGUGAUUUUACUGUUUCUGGAACAGUACCUGAAGGUACAGAAGUUGAUAUUCUCGACUAUCAAUUGAAGUAUCAUCGUCCUGGUCAUAUUGAAGAAGAGCCACUAACAAUUACUGGUAAACUAUCAGUAACAUUCGUCAAUGAUGAAUCACUCAUUAAAGAAAUUGAUCCAAGAGUUAAAACCUUACAUGCUGUUCAAGUUGCAGCAGAAAUGGAUGAUAGAAUCGCUCUAUUGAUAGACAGUAAUAGGAGAGAUGAUGCUAUUGCACUUAUUACUGAACAAAUUACUCUUCUGAAACAAGUCGAACAUUUAGAUGAUGGGAAAGGUAUGAUUGAAAUGUUAGUUCGUAUGGCAGAAAACAUGCAAAAUCGAUUGAAAGAACAAGCAAAUGCAUUGGGCAUUGGUCGAGAUGGUCUUACACUAAUCUUUGAAGAUUCAUUUGACAGUGGACCUAGGCUCAAUGGGUCCAUAUGGAGUCCCAAUUAUCCAUGGGGAACAAUUUAUAAUCAUCGAGCAAAUAUGGACCGUCGUCAAGUAACUAUAUCGAAUAAUCAAGUCAACUUAACAGCUCUUGCCAUGCGAUCGACAAGUACAAUGAAUAUUGAUACAGCUGAUUAUAGUCUUGUCGAUCUAGAUUAUACAUCGGGUGCCAUCUAUACGAACAGUCGUAUCAGUUUAACUCGUGGUUUAGUUGUUGUACGUAUGCAAGUUCCACCAGUAACAAGUACUUGGCCAAUGAUAAUGCUCGUCCCAACUGAUCAAACAUUACCUAUGUUGACUAUGGACAUAUUUGAUGAUCGAAAAAAUGUUGGUUACUCCUUUCAAUAUACAUCUCCAUCUGGAUCACGUGCUUCAGUCAGUGGAACUGCACGUUCAUUGACCGAUAAUAGCAAAGAUAUGCAUUCGUAUUCAAUCGAUUGGGGUUAUGACAAAGUGACAUUUUUCUACGAUAAUAUUACAUUAAGAUCAUUUGUUCAAUCAAAUGAAUUGACACAAAUAACUGAAAUGAGAUUAAUUUUAGCAUUGGGUGUCGGUGGUCGAUCACCAUCGAUAUCAUCAUCAAACGCCACCGAUUAUCCACAAAGUCUAUUAAUUGAUAGUGUAGAAAUGUGGUCACCAAAAUACGACGGUCGCUAUACAAUGAUCAAUCUUAAAUCUAAUUUAUCAUUCGAAGUUAAAUCUGGUCAAACACAAGAUCGUGCAUUAAUCGUACAAAAUAAUUAUACAGGUGUUGCAUGGCAACAAUGGGAUAUAAAUUAUAUUGGCAAUAGUUAUUAUAAAAUAAUCAAUGUUCAUAGUCGUAAAGUUGUCGAUGUUCAUGAUUGGCAAACAGAUGAUAAUGCAAAAAUUAUACAAUAUAAAUUUAAUUUAAAAGAAAAUCAAAUUUGGCGUAUCAUGGAACAUGAUGAUCAGACUGUAUCAUUCGUCAAUGUUUGGUCACAAAAAGUAGCUUCAAUUAUCAAUGGUUCUACACAAGCAGAUGCACAAAUAGUACAACGAACAUUUGAUAAUGGAUUAGAUCAGAAAUGGAAAGUGAUACGAUUGAACUGA